UCUCACUCAUCUCUCUUUCUCUGUGUGUCUGCCACACAUCACACCCAGCAGUCUCAGCAGCAACAGCAACAGCAGCAGAAGCAGGCAGCAGCAUUGCAGCAGAACUGCUCAGCUUGCAGUCACAGAAAAAGCACAUCAAACACCACCUUUCCAUAAACACCACUAUUAUAUAUUAUUAUUAUAUACUGUUGUUAAAAGCUUUUUCAAUUUUUCAAUUUUAAUUUAAACCCAUUAAAGAUUGAUUUGAUAUCCAAAAACCCAUCUCCCAAUUUUUAAUUUUUCUUAAAACUUUUUUUUUUUUUUUUUUUUCCUUCUGAAUAAUUAAAGCUAGGAAGCAAAGAGAGAAAGAGGGGUCUCAGUCACUUUUUGAGACCCUUGACUCAUAUCUUCUUUUAGCAAAUGCUAAAGUUGCACUCUAAAACAACAAUGCACUCAUGAGCAAAUUCACAAAUUCAUCUUCUCCUCCUCCUCUUUCUACUCACUCUCAUAAUCACUUAUUUUCACAUUCUACACUGCUUCUUCAUUUUCUCCGUCUCCGUUGUUUUCUUCUACCCUGAUUUCUCUCUCUGGGUUAAUCCACUAAUGGGGGGCUUGAUCGAUCUCAACACUACCGAGGAAGAUGAAACGCCGUCCUCCGCUUCGCUCUCACCAUCUUCCUCCUCUGCUUCUGUUCUCAGCGCUUCUGCUGUAACCGCUGCUGCUUCUGCUGUGUGUCUGGAGCUCUGGCACGCAUGUGCAGGGCCACUGAUAUCUCUGCCUAAGAGAGGGAGUAUUGUGGUGUACUUUCCUCAGGGACACUUAGAACAUGUUCCCAAUUUCCCCGCCGCAGCUUAUGAUCUUCCUCCCCAUAUUUUCUGUCGUGUUGUUGAUGUCAAGCUCCAUGCAGAGGCAGCAACCGAUGAGGUCUAUGCGCAGGUCUCGCUUGUUCCCGAAACUGAGCAAAUUGAGCAAAAGUUACAUGAUGGGUCUAUUGAGGCUGCCGAUGGUGAGGAGGAUAUAGAAGCAGCUAGAAAGUCUAUCACACCUCACAUGUUCUGCAAGACCCUUACUGCCUCAGAUACUAGCACCCAUGGAGGCUUCUCUGUCCCCCGCCGGGCUGCCGAGGAUUGCUUCCCUCCUCUGGAUUACGAUCAGCAAAGACCUUCACAAGAGCUUGUAGCAAAGGAUCUUCAUGGAGUGGAAUGGAGAUUCCGACACAUCUAUAGGGGCCAGCCUCGAAGGCAUUUGCUUACGACUGGAUGGACUGCUUUUGUCAAUAAAAAGAAGCUUGUUUCUGGAGAUGCUGUGCUCUUUCUUCGGGGUGAAGAUGGAGAAUUGAGACUUGGAAUCCGAAGAGCAGCUCAAGUUAAAGUUGGUUCUACUUUUUCUGCUCUCUGUGGCCAGCAACUGAAUCACAGCAAUUAUGCAGAUGUAGUUCAUGCUGUAUCUAUGCGAAGUGCUUUCAGUAUUUACUACAAUCCAAGUGCAUCAUUUAGGGGAAGCUUGUCAGAGUUUGUAAUACCUGUUCGCAAAUUCCUAAAGAGCAUUGAUCACUCUUUCUCUGUUGGAAUGAGGUUCAAAAUGCGUUUUGAGACAGAAGAUGCUGCUGAGCGAAGAUACACAGGACUGAUAACUGGGAUUAAUGAGAUGGAUCCUCUAAGAUGGCCUGGUUCAAAAUGGCGAUGCCUCGUGGUAAGGUGGGAUGAUAUUGAGGCCAACAGGCAUCAUAGGGUUUCUCCGUGGGAAAUUGAGUCAUCAGGUCCCAUGUCCAGUUCCUGUGGCUCAAUAGCAACUGGUUCGAAGCGAACCAGGAUUGGAUUAGCAUCAGGAAAACCAGAGUUUUCAGUUCCUGAUGGAAUUGGAGCAACAGACUUUGGGGAAUCUCUAAGGUUCCAGAAGGUCUUGCAAGGUCAAGAAAUUUUUGGUUUUAGUUCUCCCUGUAAUGGUAAUGAUGGGAAGAAUCUUCAUCCUUCUGAAAUUAGAAGGUGCUUUCCUGGUUCGAAUGGAUGUGGGGUUGCUUCCAUAGCACAUGGCAUUGGUGACCCACUAGCAAAUUCUGAUACUCCCUAUCAAGGCACAGGCUUUGGUGAAUCUUUUCGAUUCCGUAAGGUCUUGCAAGGUCAAGAAAUGCUUCCAAGCACUCCAUAUGGAAGAACCGUGACUUCUUAUGAGGGUCGUGAAAAUGGUUGCUUUGGAAGCUCAGAUGCUAUCCAGGUGCCUGGAUCAAGAAAUGGAUGGUCCAGUCGAGUGCAGGGAUAUGGUUCUCGGAUGCACCCUUCUGUCCAAUGCAUGCAAGUGUCAUCACCAUCUUCUGUAUUAAUGUUCCAGCAAGCAGGGAAUCCAGUUCCAAAUGUCAAUCCACUUUAUGGUGUUACUGAUCAAGAGGAGCAGAGGCAAACCGAUCAAUCUUCUAUUCAUACUCAUGAAACAUACAGGGGAAAGCUCAAAUCAUCAUCAGUCCCAGGGUGCAGUUUGAGGGGGGAAGAUGAGGGAGGCAUCACUUCCUUUGGUUUGUCAAAUGAGCACUUUCAACUUUGUAUUUCCCAACCUCUUAUACCUCAGUCAGCAUUAAGAGGCAGUCAGGAUUUGGUUUCAUCAUGUAAAAGUAGUUGCAGACUCUUCGGAUUUUCAUUGACUGAAGAAAGACAUGGUUCCAAUAAAGACACAACUGCCGUAACAGCUAAAAUAAACACUGGAGUUUGUUUUCUGCCUCAUGUUGGCGAAUAGUUCCACCCGAAGCGCCCAGUUAUAGGCAAAGCAGUUGGAAGCAAUUGUACAUAACCAAAGAGAGCUCUAUUCUAUAAGAGGUAUGCUUUUCGAUAUUGCUCUGUAGUGUUGUGUCAUAAGGUUCUGGAGGUUCACAAAUAGGAGUAUUUUGAGAAUGGAUUUGGCUCAAUGGAUUCCAAUGUAUGAUCGAUGGUUAGCAUCUCAAGAAGCCUUUUAGUUCGAAAGUAGGAUAACAAGAAGCCUUUAAAGAGAGGUUACUUGGCAGUUACUGCCGGAGCAUUUGUCUUGAUUAUCAAAAUCAUUUUAUAAUUAUAAUUGAUGGUAGCCUUAAUUGGCCGGAAAGCAUUCAUUUGCAAGACUGGAUAUCUGCAGAAUGAGUUUUUGACCUUCCACAUGGGCUGAGGACCAGACCCAAACGGUCUAUGAUCAUGCUUAGUUUUAGCAUGGUGGAUGUUUAGCCUGUCUUCUGAUUUUCAUCCUUGGUUUCUCAAGUGUUGUUCUUGCAAGCUUUAGCCAUGGUCCCAAAGAUUGUAUUGUUGGGAAUUCUGACAGCUUUUUCUCCAGUAGCUACGAUUUAAUGCUAAUCAAAGACGGGGCAUCCAAGCUUGCAGACGCAGAUGCCUCUGGAUGUUUUGAUCUUGUGGGUGUUUUCAACUGAUGAUGACAUUUAACUUAUGUAAGCAAACAAUGUGAUUAUUUUUAAGUGACUUGAUAACUUUUUAACUCCUAUUGUUAACCUCUUAGCUACUUUAUGUAAUCUCUUUCUUUCUUAAAUUUAAGCAGAGUGGAAUAUGAAA